ACAUCCACAGCUUGCUUGCAACAUUCCCCUACCGAUUUGCAACAUUCCCCUAAGUGGUUGAACUAUUCCCUUAUAUGAUGCGAAACCCUGUAAAGUAUACUAAUUCGUGUAAUUACAUAAAUUAAUAGCAAACGUAGGCAAGAGACUCAAAUUUGUUUAAAAAAUGCACAUUUGCGACAAAUUUCUCUUCAUGAGAUUCCGGAUGUUUCAUGUUUUGACGUUUAAGUGUUCGUUAACUGAGAAUCACUCCAGUUAGCGAACCUCCAGUUAAAAAGCACUCCAGUUAAAACACAUCCAGUUAGCGGUCACCUACUGUACAUCGUGUGCGCGUAUCGCCCAUCAAGCAUCUAUUCCUCCCACUCAGCCGUGAAUCUCACCGUGCAGUGAUGCAGUGACCUGUGCGGGUGUGCGAAAAUGCAGAAAACGAACAAAACGAAAAGCUGCCCCUAUACAUCCUACAUGAAAAGGCCUGAUUUAACGUAAACAUGCCGGCGCGAGGAGGCGUUUUGAAAUCAGAGUAGCAGCGUGGAGGCUUCACCAGCGACAUCGACAAAGUUUUGGGCCAAAAACACAGCCAACAAUUGCCUGUUUUUGUUUUUUAUUUUAUUUUGGUCUAUCCUGAAAGCUUUAUGUCUCAUUUACUGUACAAUAUUCAGAUAUUGUGUAUUGUGUAUUGUGUAGUAUUGUGUGUUUAAUUUUGCUUAUUUAACACACAGGUUGGAAGGCCGAAGGAUCCUAGGGUUGUUGCGCUAUAAGUUACAGUGAAGGUCACCUAAAGUCGAACACCUCAAUUUUCACCUUUUAUAUGACUUUGGCACCAUGGACAGUUCUAUAGACCACCGCCCAAACUAGUUGAUGGACCUUUAAUACCUGUUAUCAAAUGGUUUAAGACCAAUAUGGUGGUCAAUAUUGGCAUGCCACGUGGUCAUUUUGCUAUUAAAUGAAGACUGUCCGACUUUCAGUGGACCACAUACAUUUCAUACCUUUUAUCACAUUUGUGAAUGGUGUUACGAGAUUUUAAAAUAUAUCGGUCUGACUUUUUGUAUGUGCAUAGCUCAAGAAUGUCCUCAAAGACGUGUGAAGAAAACUUUGCGGCACAAGUCAGAUAAAAGGUGAAAAUAUGAGGUGUCCGACUUUAGGUGGCCGCCACCGUAUAUGUUUUUAUAUUUCGUACCAAGCUUUAUGUUGUCUCCGUACUAUUUGAACCAUUGAAGGAAAGCAAAAUCAAGAUCGUAGUUAUUAAGAGACAUUAAGUCAACAAAAAAACUGUUUAAUUAGCACGAUAAUUAGUUGUAGAAUUACGACCAUAACGUUAGAAACAAAUUAAGUUCUGUAGUAUCGUAUGUAUAGCCUUAAUUUGCUUGAUAGUGUUAUUUUCUUGUUGUUUAAAAGUUUUUUUUUUCAAUACGUUUCGGCUAGAAGAGAGGAACUUGUAUAUCACGAAUUAGGAUAGGGAGUAGGGCUUUUGUGUAGCUAAAGGAUUACUCAGCGCAGUCACGAAUUCUUGCAUUCUUUAGCCAUAAUGUUUGUUUUUUGUUACAUUUUUUUGUUUGUUUUUUCCCCUAUUUUUCGGAAAUAACGUUGGGUGAAAGAGACGACCUGUAGAUCACGACACAGGACAGAGAAAUCGCACUAUAUACGUAGUUACACGAUUGCUUAAUACACAGUAACGAAUUUAAUACCAAUUAUAUCUUCUUGAAGCGGUGGUGCGGGGAGGAAUUGUGCCCCCCACCUGAAAGCUAUACAAAAGUAUUACCAAUUAACAAAACAAACAAACAAACGUGGGACAUUUCGAAACUGAGAUGACCUAAUUAUAUCAGGAGUGUGUAAAGCAAUAGAUUUAAUAAGCUUUAACGGAAUAACGGGGCGUCACACACAUAAGCAGGCAACACGGGCAGUCGUGUACAACAACGGAAGGCAGUUAUUUGUUAGCUAUCUACAUUGGACGAAAACCCCUCAAACAUUAAGCCAUGUUAUCUACGUUGUUGUAUAUUGAACAGAAUGGCAACAGCUGCAGCACACACCUUGUUACCGUUUUGUCUUGUUCGCUUUAUUUCGCCGGACGUCCAGUAGGUCAGCACACAGCGAUAGAGGAAAGGGUUUGUCCCUUCUUUUUUUUUUUCUUAAGAAGAUAAUUUAUUUAACACGUUGACUGCGGCUCCCUCACUGCUUUGCAAGUACAAUUUAUAACAUUGUUUGCAAGUAUAUUUCAUUUGAAGAAGGAAAAAAAAGCUAAUUCAGACUGGUAUUAGUAUUGAUUUAUGAACCAAGGGUUAAUGCAAGAAUCGGAACAUGUAUCAUGUUGUCUCUGUGUCUAUAAAAUCUUAGAAGUGGAAAACCAAACCGUUUAGGUCAUAAUUGUGUUUAUACGUGUCAUCAUGAGCAUCUGAGGUUAAAAUGAGUCAAUUUUACGCUUCACUCAUACUGAUAAGCUUCUCUAGUUGUGUGAUAUUGCUAUCGAUCGCUAUGCUCACGGAAAAUGUUGCUAUCACAGAGGAAUCCGGGGAGCAUGGCGUUCAACGUGUUAAAGCUUCUGUCUUGAGUUUUCUUCAUUGGGAGACUGUGUGUACAGCACGGUAACUUAUUGACCUUAGUGGGUGCGCUUCAGAAAAAAAUGGGUUGUUGAGGAUUCUUUUUCCUUCUGUUUUGACGAUUUGAUAUGAGGAAGAAGGACGGAUUUAUUUUUUUUAUCACGAUAUAGGAAGGGGAAUAUACCCGGAACGAGAUGGCAAAGAUGUACAGAAAGAUCCAUUUAUUGUGAACGGAAUAAAUACAACUUUAAAAAAAUAAUCCAUUCCAUCCUCUGAUGCAACCAAUCUGUUUGGCUGUUGGGAAUGCUGUGUGAAGUUUUUUCCCCUCCUUCGUAAAUUCGGGGAAAUGAACUACAAAAAAAAAACACUCAUGCCCUCGAGGCUACCCCCACGUUAACGACGGUAUGUGUAUUGGUGAUGGUUGCGCCGUGUAACGUGUACUAUCUUAUCGCCGCUAUCUUUCCUAUCGAUAUGUGUGUCUCGCUGCACUAUCGUUCUCAAAAAAAAAAAAAACUAAUACCGCGAUCCGCAAACCAGAAAAAAAUGGCUGGAAGCGAGGAAGAGUGUCCAGAGGGGCGGUCGCACCGUAUAGCGACACAUAUAGGACGGCGCGCGCGAGCACGAGACACAUGUAGCGCAAAGAGCGCGAGCAUGUGCAUGGGGCUUGCGUGUGUGCGCGAAUGCGCGACCCUUCACGUACGUCGCGCAUACACGGUGCCACGGACUGGUGUGGCGCGUGUGUUGGUCUGUGUGGUUGCCGGUCUCGAUUUCUGCUCCGCUAUUAGCGGCUUAGUGCUAACGGUGGUUCGUCUCGGUGUGGAUCUCGGUACGGUCGGCUCGUGCAGCGUUUCUCGCCCUGGGGCAGGGGAGAGAGGGAGAUGAAGGUCCCGAUCACAACGGUGCACCACGGUUCGCGCAGUGCCCUAUGAAUCAGCGCUUCACACCGCAUCAUUAAUCAAACUUUUCCAAAACUCUUCCACUGUCGAGCGAAUAGACUCUGCGUUGCAAUCAAAUGCUCCUGAGCGGCGGCGUAACGGCGCAUCGUCCUGCAACGCACGCUUCUUCAGUAUCCGUUCACCCCGACGCGCUAAUCGAGCGAUACAAGGUCCACGAUGGUGAAGGACCGCCUGGCCGAGUUGAAAGGCAAAAGUAAGUACGCGAAUCAAGGGCCGCAGGAUGGGGCGUCCGAAGUGGCCAUGCCGCUCACCAGGUCACAGGAGGAAAUUUUUGAAAAUCUCGAAAAGUUUGCACAGCUCACUGCCUGGAUACAGACGAUACGAGGCAACAUUACAGAAAUGCGGCAACAGAUCGGGUCCUCCAAGUUCCACUACAACGACAAACCCAUCCGGGAUCAGGUGGAGGAAAGACUGAAGGAAAACAAUCAGCUCUGCCAGCGAAUUUACACCACGAUCCGACAGCUCGAGUCUGAGCUCGGAGAGGACUGCAUCCGAACCGGGGUGCUGUUUCGCAUCAAGAACACACAGUUCCUGGUGAUACGGGACGACUAUCUCAGCGCGUACCGGGAGCACGAGGAGUUUGUGGCGUACUACGAGCAGCGCAUUAUGGCUCUGAUGAAGCUGGAAGCAAAAGCAAUGAGCUACAACAUCACGGACGAUGAGGCGCUGGAGCAACUUACCGGCAAUCAGAUGUCGCCGUUCGUAGGCAAUCUGCUGGAGGAAACGGAACGGGAGCGGCAAAAGCUGCGCGACAUCAUGACCCGCCACAGCCAGCUGGAAGCGCUCGAGAAGUCCCUAGUGGAGGUGCGGGACAUGUUCGUGCGUAUCUCGAGCCUGGUGAUGGAGCAGGGCAGCCUGGUGCAGGUGAUCGAGUAUCACGCGCAGCAGGCCACGCUCAACACCGAUCACGGUGCGCACCAGCUGCAGAAGGCGCGCGAGUAUAAGAUCAAGGCGCUCAAAAAGCGCACCUGUCUGCUGAUCUGGGUUAGUACCGCUCUCGCGGUGGUGCUGUUUUUGGUCAUCGUUUUCUAGCCCAAAACCCGCCCGUCUGCCUUAUUUACGUGUCUACUUCUAUAGUAUCUUGCCCGAUGGUAUUGGUUUAGUCUUCUUUUCAUCUGACGAACUGAUUCCAUUUUGACUUGCUGUGGUUGAAAGUAGCACGAAUUUAACGUGUGUGUUCUGCUUUACUUCUCCGAUAGGGAAUUCUCCGCCGAGGGGACGUUCUGCAUUAAGGUGGUACAGAUAAAUUCAAAAAAGAAAAAAAAACGAGCGCAUCUCGUUUUAACAGCCGUACUUUAAUGUUACAAUGAAUGAACUAUUUGAUUCAUUUUUCCUACUGUACAUCAUCUUCUAUUUCAACAUAAAAAACUCCCCAAAAUUACAUUGAUCUUUAGAUGCUUCAUAAAAAAUACAAAAAAAAAAA